UGCCAUGGAAACGUAGAUUCUUUAUAGCCUCCCCUAUAUUUUCGUAAACUUGUAAAAGAACAAAACAAAGAUACGACCAGAUCUACACUUGAUUAGAUCUAGAACAAGACUAGCUAUAGACUAGAUCUAGUCUUAGACUCUUUAAUAAUGUUGAGUGUGUAAAUUUCAACAGUUAGGUAGAGAGUGAAUUGCUGCUUGUUGCAUUUUGAAUGGUGAAAAGUCAUACUAGAAAAAGUAUUUUUCAGAUUUAAACAAAAUGGUCCAUAAAAAGUCAGAGUACCAAAACCAAUUCAAAGCUUGCAUUAUCAAGAAAAAUCAAAACACUUAUUUAGAGAACCUGAAUUUUCGACAUGUACGUAGAGAUAGAGAAUACAUGCACACACCUCUUCUUUGGGGUGAUACUACAGAAGAAGACACAACUUCAUCAGACAGUAAUGAGGAUUGUCUUUCUAAGUCAAAUGAGCAGCAUAAGACAUUGAAAGAGCCUGCCGAAAAGUUCCAUUCAAUGGCAGAAAUACUUGCAGAUUCAAAGUUGAAGCUAGAUGAGUUUAAGAAGUCAAAACAUAUUGAGCCUGCUCAUGCUGACAUGUUAGAGAUUGGAAAGGUUGCUCUGGAACACAGUACAACAAAUUCCAAAGUUAAAGAUUCUGCUGAUAAAAAAUGUAUAAACCUUGAGACUUUGUGUUUGGAUAAAGAUUCCAGCAACAAUGCCACCAGCCAAGAAAUCAAAGAUGAUGAGGAAGACGAAUCAAAACAAGUUAGCUCAGUGCAGGAAAAACAAAAGAAAGUUGAAGAUAUGCGUAAUUCAAAGUUUAACCUCCGGCGCAAGCCAUACCAUAAUUCUAAAAGCAAAGCUUCCACUACAUCAUUAAACAGUAAACAUUAUCCACAUGUUGUGAAUGGCAAGUCCAGGCCUGUGAACAAAGAAAGACUGGUCAAGCACAAAAGUAAUGCAGUUCUACAAAGAGAAACCAAAGUUCCACCACUUGUACUUUGUGAUGAUGAGAAAGAAAGAAAAGAGACAUGUGAACCCAUAAGUUGCCAUGGUUCUGUACCGAGGCUGAUGUCCAACUCAAAGCCGCCUUUCAUUUCUUUUGGAAUAGGUGAUGUGGAGGACAGCAUUACUUUGCACCGAACACACAAUGUCAGAGCUUUAGCUGAUGUUUAUCCCACAGCAUUAAAAGCUAAAGUGAGACGCAAUCGUGAUGUGAAAAAGCAUGUUGAAAAGGGGGCAGUAACUCACAGUGCAGAAGCACUCUUGGACAAACUUACUGGUACAGGACUUAAAGACAGCAGUGUUUGGGAGUCUGAGUACUCUAAACAGUUUCAUGGUUAUGAGCCUAAAGAUUAUGAAAGAGCUUUGUCUGCUCGAAGUGUGAUACCCAGAACAACCCCCAGACCUAUUCCUGGUGUACAUCGACAUGGUUGUAUGGUGAUCCAUGUAGACUGAAACAAAUUGUACAUACAUUGAAAUUUAAGGGGACUAAAACAGAUUAAAAUAAAUAGCCUUACUUAGAUGAAUGUUUAUGGGGAGAAUUAGAGCUUUGCAAUCUUUAUAUGUAUAUUAAAAUAUGACAUCUAUGAAAUAUGAUUUUAAAAACAUUGAAUAAUAGAUUUAGGCCGACAUCAAAAACAUUUAUUGUGUGUAGACUGUACCAGUGAGAACUUGAAGUGAUAAUUUGUCAUACAAGCCAUUAUUUUGCUCUAAUUGAAUGUAGUACAUUUACUAAUGUAUCCCAUUCUAGACUUCUAAUUAAACUGAAAUUUAACUCUUACACACAAAAAAUAAAUUCUCAUAAUUUUGAGAAUUCAUAUUUACAAUUUGACAAAAGGAUGAAUUUCUGCUGAUAAAUUAGUCAAUAGAAUAUUGUUGUUAAACAUUUUUAUUGGUCUGAAUUAUAGACCAUGUGACUUUUGUAGAGUAUGAGAUAAAAUGUUACAAUUUAAAUUGCACAAAUUGAUUUCCUGACUCAGCAAACCAUUUGAAACAUUUAAAUCUGUAGUUUUCUUUGUUCUAGUCAAGAUAACAAAUGUGUGUCAUUUUGUCAAUUUUAGGAGAAAUUUCUUAGUUGUGAAAUCAAAUGUUUUUUUUUUGUUUUUUUUUCAAUGACCAAAUACAUUUAAUGAGUUCUUACAUUUCUUUAUAUGACAUAAACUUUGAAGCACUUGAAUAAUUAUUCACACUUUAAGACUUCAAUGAAAAUUGUUAUAAAAAAAAAGUAUUAUUAACUUCUAAACAUCUGAAUAUUUUAAUACAGCAUGAAUUAAUACAUAAGUAACCAAAGCUAUCAAUUAAAGAUUCUUUGUAUUGUAAUAAUUACAAGUUGCCAUUUUCAUAAGGAUUUCAAAUUUGUUUAUUCUUAUAUCCUAAACAAUGUUAGUGAAAUUUUCUACAAGUGUAGUCUUUGUAAAUAAUGACACUUAUGAAACAUGAACUUAAUAUACUUUAAGCAGUCUAGGUCUGAAUUUAGUUUACUGUCCUGUUAGGACAUGUGCAUUAUACAAAACAAAAGUAUGUAUUUUUUUUUUGUAUAAAUAUUUUGGUUAUUUAUUUAUUUUUGACAUAUAACCUUUUUACAAGCUCUUUGGAAGAUAGAUCUACCAAACAUGAGUGUUUCUUUCUUAAUAAAUGUUUAUUUUUAGAAUGUAGAUAAAACUAUUUCACAUCUUGUAUAUAUCAUUCUAAAAUAAUAAAAGUUUUUAUUGUAAUUUUUCAA